AUGGCUCCUCUCGCCCGUCCUCCCAUGACCACCUGCCAGUUUUUUGGCUGGCAAUACCCCUUGUACACUGGUAAGUACCUUGCCGUCAUUGUCUCUGUGUUGUUGGCCCUCAAGUUCAAUCUUGCCACGUACUUCUUCAACUUGGCCUACGUGUCGCUUUUGGCUGCUGCUGCUGCCGAGUACUCCGGCCAGCUCCUCACUGGCCAAGGCUUCGUCACCAAGUACCUCGGUGCUCCUCAGAGUUACGCUACUUGCGUCAAGGAGUCUGUGCUUCCUGCUCUCGGCGACUUGUACGCCACUGCCGAGAAGAGAAUCAUCGACAUUGUUUACGUUGCUGACUUGGAGAAGACUUUGAAGGCUGCUGGUGUCGCCUACAUCUUGCACAAAGUGACCGCAUUUGUGUCCGUCUACGCCUUGAUCUGGACCGGUGUCGUGUUCAUGUUCUCCUUCCCUCCAUUCUACCAAACUUACCAGGAUGAGAUUGAUGCUGCUGUUGCCAAGUACUCCAAGGUGGUCUCGUCUGCCGUUCACGAAAAGGUUGCCUGCGCUAAGACUAAGCUCGGCCCAAUGAUCGACCAACUCAUUGAGAAGACCGGUCCAGUCGGCGCCUUCAUCCAAUCCAAGUUCCCUACCAGAACUGCCGGUUCCACUGUUGGCGAGAGCCCAGCUUCUGCCCACACCAAGGCUGAUGCUUCUUCCUCCGCUGCCGCCUCUGAGCCAGCCACUGCUUUCACUUCUGGUGCCGCCAAGUUCCCUGAGGUGCCAGCCACCGAGUUGAAGUCCACCGUUGCUGAUGUCGAGGAGAAGUCUCCUGUCGUGGAGCUUCCAUAA